AUGCAAGACUCUCUUAAUGAUAAUAGACCUUCGUUCUUUACAGAAUCUAAUAAUCGGGUUUUAGAUGGUUUAAAGAAACCCGUGUGGUUUAUGCGCUUAUGUGAUAUUACCAUUGAUAACCUAAGAACG